CAUAUUCAAUUGUCCUCAUGGCUGUCGUUGAUAGCAGUUGCAAGUAUGUGCUUGUUGAUGUGGGGGCUGAAGGUCGCGUGAGCGAUGGAGGCGUAUUUAAACACUCUGAAUUUGGCAAGGCCCUUGUCAAUGGAGACCUCAACAUACCCUCACUUGGCCUGCUCCCAGGGACUACAACAGCUGUACCCCACGUCUUCGUUGGGGAUGAAGCUUUUCAGUUAAGAAAAGACUUCAUGCGCCCAUUUCCUUCAAAGCACCUUGAGAAUGAAAGAAGAGUCUUCAACUACAGGUUGAGCCGAGCAAGACGGUGUGCUGAAAACGCGUUCGGGAUCACAGCAGCAAGGUGGCGGAUCCUACUGCGGACCAUUAACUUGCUCCCCACAAACGUGGACUUUGUUGUCAAGGCUGCCUAUGUCUUGCAUAACUUCCUAACUGUACUCAAUCCACAGUCUGACAAUUACAGAGAUCAAGAGGACAAGUUUGGAAACUUUGUAGCAGGACGCUGGCGUGAAAGCAUCCAAGCUGCGUUGGGAGACGACAGAAUGCAGCAGUUUUCCCCCCUUCAGUCAACACGAUCAAGGAAUUAUGACAGUGAAGCUGCACAUGCCAGGAACCUCUUCGCAGCCUAUUUUUGCAGCUCAGUAGGUGAAGUUCCAUGGCAGUGGCACCAACCAGGUGUUUCCAAAGAAGGCGCUUUGAAGCGUCUACGUGAGCAGCAGUUCUACCAGCUGCAAUGAUGGUGAGCAUUUCCUCGAAAGAGCAAAAGCCACAUAAUGUGACUUCAUAACAGUCAUUCAUAAUUGCUGUUCACUGUGGCUUACCAAUCAUGCUGUUUACGUAUCAAUUUUGUGGCGCCUGUGCAAGAAAAAAAUGUUUGUGUUAUUAAUUUGUUCAUCCAUGUUGUGAAGUGUGUAGUCCACUUACUUGAUGGUAACUGGAUGUUUGAUGUGGAGUAGAAAUAGACUUGAACUGUGGUAUUCAUGACCAUCGAAACCGUAAACAUUUUAUUUCCAAGCACAAAAAAAUAUAACGACAUUUAUUUAAGCAUACCCAGCUACUGCUGGCUCGACAGGUAGGGCCGUUCUGGCCAGCCAAGCUACCGCGAAUGCAACUGUCACUCCCCAUUCGCUCCAUUGCAGUUUGCCUGAAGUGGCAGGCCACAACUAUGCUGUUGCAAAGAGUAUUGCAUGUGCAAGCAUUGAUGAGGUAGAACAUAUCACAUUAUGUAAGGAGGGCUUCAAAUAGGAAAAUAAAAGCACCUAUAAAUAAGUGCAAAUUGAACACAAAACAACGACAAAAAUAUCAGUGGUAAGCAACGUGCAUGUUAAAGAAUGGAGAAUGCAGCGUAAAGCACUAAAAAAACAGGACAUAAAAAGCAAACAAAUGAGAGGUAAGGCAUCAAAGUACAGUAAUACACAAAGGACUAUGGUAAAAACAGCCGUACGAGUAUGUGGAGGUACGCAUUUUUCUUGGUUCCCACAACUUGGCUGUCAAGAAGAGUAUUGCACAGGUGAAAGGCACGUGCAUGCAUUGAAAAGCUAAAAUGUAUCACAUCAUGUAUGGAUGACUAGGAAUGGGAAAAUAAAAGUUGAACACUGACCAGUGCACAUUGAACACAUGAAAACUUAUCCAUAACAUAAAAAAGCCGAAAUAAAAGUACCCGCCGUGGUUGCUCAGUGGCUAUGGUUUUGGGCUGCUGAGCACGAGGUCGCGGGAUCGAAUCCCGGCUACGGCGUCCACAUUUCUAUGGGGGCAAAGUGCGAAAACACCCGUGUACUUAGCUUUAGGUGCACAUUAAAGAACCCCAGGCGGUCACUAUUUCUAGAGUCCUCCACUACGGCGUGCCUCAUAAUCAGAAAGUGGUUUUGGCACGUAAAACCCCAUAAUUUAUUUUUUUGAAAUAAACGUAUCAGUGACAAGCAGCUAGCGCGUUAAAAAUGCAUAAUGCAGCAUCACAAUAAAGCAGUAAAAAACUGGACAUAAAAGCAAGCAGAUAAGAGAUUAGGCAUCAAAGUACAGUAAUACACAAUUCAAUAUGAUAACUAUGGUUGUACGAGUAUUUGGAGGUACACAUUUUUCUUGGUUUUCACAACUGGGCUAUCAAAAAGAGUACUGCACAGGUGAAAGGCACAUGCAAUCAUUGACGAGUUAAAAUGUAUCACAUUAUGUAAGGACGACUAGAAACAAGAAAAUAAAAGUAAACAAUAAACAUCAAAAGCACAUAAGUAAGUGCAAAGUGAACACAUGAAAACUAAAAAAAAAUUAUGAAGUAUCAGUAACAAGCAUCCAAUGUGUUAAAGUAUGCAGCAUCACAAUAAAAGACGGAACACAAAGAGUGAAUAUAUGAGAGGUGAGAGAUCAACAUACUGUAAUAUAGAAUUGAACACAUUGAAAAAGAAAAUAAAGAAUAAUAGUAUGAGUACCUGGUGGAAUGCAGUAUGAGCAACUGCUGACAUUUUCUUGGUUUCCAUAACUUGGCUAUUGAGAAUAUUAUUGCACGGGUCGACAACACAUUAAAUUUAAAAGUAAAAGUAUGUAUACAAACGUAAGAAAACAAACAUACUCGGAAAACAUGCUGCCUUGAUGUGCUGGUUUGUAGUAUCACUGUGCCUUCAUGGCGCAGACAGCACAUGGACGAGCAAAAUGAACAGAUAGUAUAAACAUUGCUCCUUUGUUUCCUUUCUUUGCCGAUGUGCGAUCGGCACUCUGAAGCUGCAAUGAGAAGGUGCUGAGUAUGACAAAAAGAAGAAAAAAAUUAUUCAGUUAAUUCCUUAAUGACAUUCAAAACCUUGAUAUACAUGUCCGUUUGUCUUUCCGUUCUCACUCGUUUCAUUAGUGGAACAAGUGCCAUUGCAAACUGCUCUAUAUAAUCUAUCGGCUUUGUUGUUUCGAGAGCACUGGUGACACGCUGAAGCUGCUGCGCCAACAAAUCGUCUGCAUUUGCUUUUCUUUUUUUGCUUGUAGGCGUGCCGGACGACGUCACUGAAGACGCCUGUGCACGAGGUGCAGGCGUUGCCGCUGGCGGCACCGACACCUCUGUCACCACCACAUCCUCCUCCUCCUUCUCCUGCCCCUCCAACUCGUACACGUGCACGUACUCCUCAUUGCCAAAGUGGCACAUGUCGUCAAAGAGCUCUGCAGCAGUGGGCCCUUCCUCCAGGUUGUUAUGGCUUGCUGCAACAGGUUCCUGAUGUGCUGAUACAUUUGAAGAAAGAAAUGUUCGUUGUAGAUACUUUUGGCUGUAAAUAUUUCAAAUAAUGCAAAAAGCAAUGUGAAAAUAAAGUUCAUUAAUUAAAUUGUACAAGUGCUCCUUAUCUGAAGUGGUCACCCAAAGAUAUCAAUAACACAUGGAUACACAUAACACUUUAGCGUCAUCAUUUACUUUUAUUCUAGUUUACAUUGCCAUUCCAUAUAGUAGCACAUUCUACAUUUCAGUAAACACAACACUCUUCCCUUACUGAAAAAAGUUAAUGCUUUAGAACUAAUGUUUGUUAUCCCAUAAAUAAGCCAUAUUACACUGCUGGCAAAUGCAAUGUUAGAGUGACCUAAGUCUUUGAAUAUUUAGAAAUGUGCUGUAUGAAGUAACAUUUGUAUCUGAAAAUGGUACACUGAAUUAUUUUAUGCAUGCUAAACAAAUAUUACAGUGCCAUUUGAUGAAAAUAUAUGCUUUACAAACUAGCAAUAGCCACAGGUCCCAUCCAUUGAGGUUAAUUCAUCCAUUAACAGCCGAUAUUACAAAAUACAUGGAAUUCAUCACACUUUAAAAGAUUGGCUGGUCGUAGAAAAACAUUUGGCUAGGGAAGCGAGUCAAAUGAGAUUCUCCACACUAGGCGUGGAAUUCGAGAGUUUUCCAAGAGUCUGCGCGACUGCUUACAAUGUUGCAGCUUCAGCACCAGUGGACUGAAUGUGGGCACUCGCUAGAGCUACUGGGCUGAGUGAGAUGCACCAUAUGGAAGAAUUCGUGUUAGAAGGCCGUGGAUGGUGUUUUCAAUUUCUUGGCAAUCAGUGAAAUGCACGGUUCGCCAUGCUUAUAAACUACACGCGAGCUAGAAAUUCGUCUGGGUUUUGCGGACCGAAUAACACUACGUUGAUCAUCAUCCACGUAGUAUUUAUGAAAUUGUGAAUUUCGCAACAACAGCAGUCCAAUAGGACAGUUUAACAUAGUGAGGCGAUGCACGAGUUCUCCUCCUCUAAGCGACAAAAUAACACGCCAAUAAACUUCAAGCUCUCGUUUCCAUUGUGUCGCGGAGAAACAUCAGGAGCUCGAAGAAGGGCCACGAGCAUUCGCUCUCUUCCUCGGCUCCCGCUCCGCUCUUCUGGGACGUCGCGUCAUUGUAAUAGCGACGGAAUUUGUCGCGAAGCGACUUCCACCGUUUUUGUACGGCGGUGCCACCGUCUGUGCAAAAGAGUAGUUCCAUUUUACGAAAAUUUCUCAAGCAACAGCGCAGAAUUCAAGCAAGCUUACCUUGCACACCGGGCAGAACUAUCGCUGCCACUUCCCUCCACAGGGCAGCUUUCUUCUGUCGAUUUUUGUGGUCCCUGUGGCGAGAGAGCCACAAAGACGGCCGGGCCUCUACAGUGGAGAUUAGGCGCUC